GCUAUUCCCUGAUAUCUGGACUUUGAGAUGGAUUCGUUAUUUUCCUUGCUUCUGCUUGUUCUCUGCGAGUGGCUGGUGAAUGGUGAAAUUCUCGAUUCUGCUACAACAAAACCUGUAGAGCCUUGGUACCCAAGGGAGUUUAUAUUUGCCCCAGUGGAGAUGAUUUCAACACCAAUUUAUGAUAGAAACAACGAGCAGGAAGAGCAUGUGCUCUCGCUAAAGAGAACAGAUAUGUUCAUCGGACGGAGACGUCGCCGGGCUGUGAGGGAACCUUCCCCGAACGCAUUGGACGAUCAAGCCGCAGCUGCGAUAUUUGGCGAUGAAGGGAAGUGGGACCACAAGCCCAAACAUAGCGAAAGCCCGCCAGCCCCACCGGAUCCGGUGCUCUACAAUCGCCAAUUCGCCGUUACGCCAUCCAACAUCCAGCGAGAAAGUCAGCAUCGUUCAGACAGUGAAGACGAUAGUUCAUCUCCUUCCAACUCUCACCCCAAAACUCCGCCUGGAACAUCCGCUCACACUGCUCCCAUCGGAAUUGAGCAAGGCCCGUCUCCGUCCGAAAUGAAGGAGAAAAUUCAGCAAAGAUCUGAAUCUAAGUCGAGCAAGGAUGCUUCAUCUUCUAGCACAACAACCAACCCUAAAAUUCCUCUUGGAAUACAACAAGGACGCACUGAUUCUGAAUUGCAGGACAAAAUAGACCAAAGGCCGAACUCGGAUCAUCUCUUUGAAAAAGGUGCGGCACAUACUAGUACUCAGCAGGAAGCGAAACAAUCGUCAUCAAACAGUAGUUUUGAAGUUGAGAGAGAAAUGCCUCUCUCCAAAAUUCAAUCCCAAGCUGAGCAUGAUAUGGAACAACAUAAUAUUCCGGUCGGGAUUGAACAAGGGCCUACUACUUCCGAAAUGAAGAAGAAGAUUGAGCAGAGGCCACUCCCUAGUCCCAGCGACGAUCAUUCAUCCUCCAGCCAGCAGCCAGAGGACCACACAGCUGCACCUGAUCCGAAAGUUCCUCUUGGAAUCGAGAAGGGACCAUCUCAUUCUGAGAUGCUACGCAAAAUAACCGAGAGACCAUCAUCUCAGAGCCCCUCCGACGAGUCGUCUUCUUCUAAACAGCCUGAGUCUGAAGAGGCAUCAAAAUCUGGCGAUCACGAAAAUCAGCAAGGAUCAUCUUCUAAUGUAGAAGACAAACUCCAACAACGACCGCUAUCUCCAAGGCCUACUGGUAAACUUUCUUCCAUCAGCAUCCAGCCCAAGAUUCAGUCGGAGCCAUCCCGUCACAGUCCUCCUCUCGAUCGAGAACAAUCUCCCUUAACCCUGCAGCAUAAGUUGCAACAAAAGCCAUCUCUUACCACACCUUUUGAUGACUCUUCUGCUCAAAAUCAGCAGCAACUUCAAAUAUCUAUCGAUACUCGUCCAGGAAGUGAACGGAGACCGCCUUUGCUCAAAAACAAGCAGAAGUUGCAGCCAAUUUCCCAUCAAAGUGAUACGGAUGAGGAACAACGACCAUACCGUCCCAGCAUGUCACUCCGGACGCCAUUGAUGUCCAUCGACGUGCAAGAAAGACAGCGUGGACCAGCAUUUUUCUCACCGCGAACACGUUACCUUCCGCUCGCGACAAAUGUUGUACCGUUCGACAGCCAUGUCGACCCAGAUUUCCCAGCGGAAGCUCCUAGAGCUCGUGGUCUAGUUGAUGAAGGCUCCCCCUUCGUCGACAAUGAUUUUCGCACGGGUUACCGAUUUAGAGCUUUACCUGCUUCACGGCCACAGCACAGGACUUAUGAGAUUGGUGGUCGGGGACGACUAAGAGCAGGUUACAUCUACGAUCCUCUGUUCAGUGGUGCAGAACCUGUAUCUUAUGGAGGACGGAGUGCGAUCAACCACUAUGUGAUCUCCAGCCCAAGGAGGUAUACUUAUGAAGUUGCUCCACCUACGUAUAUCAUUGGAUAAAUAGAUCUCGUCCUGAUUCUGUUUUGCUUCUUCUUAGCCACCGUCAAACUUGCUCAAUUUUUAUUUACUUCAGUGCACCCUGACUCACUGAUUUUCUGAGAAACGCAUCUUUUUCUUCUUUUUUUCAUUCAAGUAACAACCGAUACAACUUGUACAUAUUAUCCACUUAUC